UGUUGUCGGUCCGUGACAUGAAUGAACCAUGUUCGGUAACGGAGGCUUCGCUCUCCCGGUCUGCUCCUUCCUCCUGCUGCACCUCCCGGUCCUCCCGCUGCCGAACAACUGGCCCGUUAAGAAGUGAAGGGAGGGUGGAGCAGCGUAACAUCCAUCUACAAUCACAGAGCUUUGGAAGUCAGAAUGUCAAAGAGACGAGCAACAAGGAGGAGGUGUUUCAGUGGUGGGGGGAGUGGUCCAGUUGGUCGUCUUGUUCCAGGAGCUGUGGAGGAGGAGUGAGGAGUCAGGAGAGACACUGUCUCAUACAGAGGCUGUCCACCACACAGAAUGUAAACAGCUCAUAUUGUGUCGGCUCUCCUAAACAGUACCAGCUCUGUCCAAACCAGUCCUGUCCCAGCCCCAGUGUUAGCUUCAAGCAGCACCAGUGUUCCCAGUUCAACUCUAAAGCCUUUGGAAGAAGAUACUACCAGUGGAUACCUCUUUACCCAGCUGAUUACAUCAGCAUCUCCAAUAAGCCAUGUGACCUGCAGUGUACAACCAUCAGUGGUGAACGACAGCUGCUAGUUCCUGCCCAUGAUGGCACCUUCUGCCGCGACACCAAAUACCAUGGAGUCUGUAUAGAGGGAUUAUGUCAGCCUGUAGGCUGUGAUGGGGAACUGUACAGCAGCAAGACAGUAGACAGAUGUGGAGUAUGUGGAGGCAAUGGGACGUCCUGCCAGCGCAUCUCUGGAUCAUACAGGAAGGCACUCACACAGUUAGGCUAUGUGUUCAUCACCAACAUCCCAGCUGGAGCCUCCGACAUUCAGAUCAUAGAGAGGCAUAAGACUGAGAACAUCCUGGCCCUAUCCGAUGAAGCUGGUCAUUUCUUCUUCAAUGGAAACACUGUCUUUGACAAUCCCCAAAACUUCCGUGUGGCAGGAACAGUGUUUAAAUACAGACGUCCAAGCAAUGUUUUCUCUGAUGGGCUGGAGUAUAUCAUUGCCCAGGGGCCCACACUGCAGGGCCUCAAUGUUAUGUACUACAACCUGAACGGGAAGCUCCCACACAUCACCUACGAGUACACCAUCCCCUCCCCAUCUCAUGACAGCACGCCUGCAGAGGGCAUCACCACAGGACCCAACCACUCACAUGUUAACCUCACCUAUAACGAGGUAAAUGAGGAUGUCAGAGGGGAUCGUCUUAGAGCGACGAAUCACAGCAGAGGGAGUGUGACAUCUGUCCAUCACUACAGCGCCCAGCUGGGAGCUGAUGACCAGUCAGAUGUCCAGCUGCAAGAAGAAGAAGAAGAGGAGGAGGAGGAGGUAGUAGUGUGGGAGAUCAGGACACCCAGUCCUCCACCACCAGCUGCCAUGUUGGUCUACAGACCGGCUGAUGUCACCAGUCAUGUAUUCAGCCAUAAUGAUGUUGAGGAGCAGGGACCUCCAGUGCCAUCUGGCUACCGAAGUUCCUCCAACUCCAUUGACGAGCCUUCCACUGCUGAUGACAACGCUCUCCUGCUCUCUUUCCCAGGCAGUCAGAGUGUUCAUCCCGCAGCCCUGCCAGAAGCCGCCCCCUAUCUGCUGCUGGAGGAUCUACAUAACAACCAGACACACUCAAACAUACACUUCCUCACACAGUCAAACACACACUCUGUGAAGCACACACCCGCUGAUCCACACUCACCGGCAGACACACAUGUGGAAACGUCGUCUGCCGCAGAACUGGACACGGACCCACAGUUGGAAAUACACUCAGACGUGCUCUCAGUCACCGACACACACUCCGCUGCACACACAGAAACAGAAAGUGGCGCACACUCUGACACACACGCUGCCAUCUUGGUACAGCUGCAACAGGUGUCUGCAGUCCAGGCAGCCAACACAGAGAGCAAUGACUUUGAUGUGGGUCUGGACCCAGAUAUCAGUCUGGCAGACAUGUAUCGCUGGAAGGUUUCUGCUUAUGCUCCAUGCAGCUCAACCUGUACAACAGGCAUCACCACGAGCUACGCCCUUUGUGUACGCUAUGACGGUACUGAGGUCGAUGACAGUUACUGUGACUCUCUGACCAGACCUGAGCCCACACAUGAGUUCUGCACUGGAAAGGAAUGUCCUCCCAGAUGGGAGACCAGUGGUUGGAGUGAGUGCUCUCGAACCUGUGGCGAGGGCGUUCAGUACCGUACUGUGCGCUGCUGGAAGAUGCUGUCGCCUGGUCUUGACUCCUCUGUCUACGAUUCACUGUGUCUGUCACAUGACCUUCACAAGCCAGCCAAUAGAAAGGUCUGCCUUGGCCAGAGCUGCGGACCCCAGUGGGAGGUGUCUGAGUGGUCAGAGUGUUCAGCACGUUGUGGCUCUCGGGGUGUCCGUAGUCGGGAGGUUCGUUGCUCCAUGGAAAUGAGGCUAUGUAACAAGUCAUCUCAGCCAAUAGAAAGUCAGGAAUGUGAAGGCCCGCCCUGUGACAGAAGAUGGACAGUUUCUGACUGGGGACCUUGCUCAGGUGUGUGUGGCGAGGGACGGAUGGUGCGUGCAGUGAUGUGCCGAUCAUCAGGUGGGGUCGUGAUGUCAGAGGAGCAGUGUGACCAAUUACUGCGCCCGCUGGCCAUCUAUCCCUGCGGUGACAGGGAUUGCGCCCCCCACUGGGUUGAGCAGGAAUGGCAACAGUGUAAUGCCACAUGUGGCCGCGGUGUGCGUCAGCGUCAGGUGGUGUGCGCUGGACUAGAAGGUGGGGUGUUCAAAGAGUUUCCAGACAGCAGCUGUGACCAAACCAACAAACCAGAGACCAGCUCCUCCUGCUUCCAGAGACCCUGUUCCAAAUGGUUCACCACAUCCUGGUCUCAGUGCAGCAAGACCUGUGGGACCGGCGUCCAGGUUCGAGAAGUGAAGUGUUACCAGGGGGAGGAGCUGGUAACCAGGGGCCACAGCUGCAACUCUGCCCUCAAGCCUGAAGCCAGACAGAGCUGUGAAAUCCAGAGCUGUCCAACGGAGGCGCCAGCAGCAGCCCCGGCAGCAUCGGUGGCAGUAGAUGACGCCUGUCAAGACAAACCAACAGCCAACUGUGCCCUGGUCCUAAAGGUGAAACUGUGUUCCCACUGGUACUACAGAAAGGCCUGCUGCCAGUCCUGUAAGGCACCAAGACCCUGAAGUCUUAACUGUAACCUCUCACCUCAACCCCUUAACACAAACCACUGGUACCAAAGGUCACAUUACAUUUAUAUUGGUGCUACAUAAAAGCCUGCUGCUAGCAAUGUAAGGCCUUCCGACACUCAUUUUAACCAUGUAGCUCUUCCUCCUGUCACUGAUGUCAAAGGUCAACCUGUGGUCGCUGUCUUUACCUACUUCCUGUCAGUGUUACCCCUUUAAUCUUGUUUCCUCGCCCCUCAAAUUGCUCCUUAAAGUAAGUCUGUCUUUGUAUAUGGUAGCACCAUCACGACUAAAGAUAACCAGUGAGAGUUACUCCCAGUGCUUCCCCAAACAUCAUUAAAAUAGCUCUUGCAGACAGUACUUUUCCUGCUCUGUAGCAAUAUUUUACAACUGGAAGAUUGUCUAAAAGCAUAAAACAGCUCUGAACCACGUUCCUGACACAACGUACAAGGCUUAAGUCUUUCUGUCGGAGGCCCCGACCAUUAAACCAGUGUGCUACUAAAUCUCUUCUCUGACAGCCUCCUCCCCUGCAAUGUGAAGAGACUAACUUUAGGACAUACAGGGCUUUCUGUUCAUCGCUUUCCUCAACUACAACAUAGAAGGCGCAAGCCGGUCUAUUGAUAAAUGUCCUUCCUCUGUUCCUCUUUAUUCCCAUCCUUCUCAUUAUCACACUCACCAUUUAAAGGGGUAAAAACCCUCAAGAACCCUCCCUCCAUCCCAUCACUGCAAGUCACUUAAUUAAGUAAUCCCAUUUCAGGGAUGUUCCCUAUAGUAAAUAUCUAUAAUCUAUCCAUUCCCUCACUUCUUAUGGUGCUAUGUUCCACUAAAGACGGUGUAUCCAAAGCACAUGAGAGCCCUAAGGCAGCUUGUUACUGUGGCAGCAGACAAGGACAGACUGGACCAGGGAACAAAAGCGACUGAGCCCCCUCAGCCUUGGUCCAGUCCUGUUAUACAAAUGUACUACUGGUGCCAUGCUGAUAUGCAACUAUGCUUGUUUUUCCUCCAUUCAGAACAGGAAUUUACACAGUACAGAGCAGAGACAACACAGCCUGCUGCCCUAGACUGACUGCUGUAACAGGGUUACUACCAGCUUUACUGCUGUCACUUGCUUCUUUGUCAGCACAGUACCAAAACACUCCUUACUUCUUCAUUGUGACCAUCUGAUCCAUGUCGCAGCUCCAUUCUGCCUACAAAACAGUGAACUGCAGCUUUUCUCCUAAACAGGAAGCCUUUUAAUACACGUAGCGGGCACUUGGCUGUAGCAACUGAAACCGAGCUCAUUGCCACUUACAUCCAGACUACUACAAGACAGGCAACAGUUGAUGGUAAUUAAAGUAAAUGCAUACAGAAGCAGACUAAAGAGGUUAAACUUGACUUUUGUUUUUGAUUGCAUUCAAAUUUAACACUGAAAUAUAAUAGCAGUAACAGUUCUAUUACUAUCUACCAUAGCUGGACCACCAUCAACAAAAGUGCACUCACUGAGACAAACAAGUCAAACAAACAGAAAUGUUCAGGGGCUAAAUCAGCCCAGUGUUUUAUGCAUUUAGUGUUGCACUCCUAUAACAUUGGCAAACGUGAUUUGGAUGUGUUAUGCUACUAGCGGCUAAUGUAGCCUGGAGCCUCUCACCUGAAGCAGAGAGGAGUGAACUUCUUACCCCCAGAUUGUUUUCAUUUUCAAAUUUGUGGUCUUCAGCAACCAACCACCACUCAACGACUCAAGUGACAUCACUUGAGAACAUUUAUCAGACUUCACACAGAUCUCCCCUCUGGAGACACGAGAGGCUUUCUACUUCACAACAUGCAGCAGCGUCUGUGAUGAAACAGAAGCAUCAUACACUGGAACAACUGCCAAGUGCUUUGACUGUAGGCAGCAUUUCUCUUUGGGUUAUGCACAACUAAUGAUACCAUGAGGAAAACCCAGGUGACUCUUAGAUACAUGCUAGAUUAGCUUGCAGACUAUCAAGUGUCUGACUAAACCUAGAGAGAGAUCUAUGUUUUAAAUGGAGACAGAAAGAUAGAACAGGUAUUUGUCUUCUCAUGAGCCUCGGGGAAAUCUGACCCAAGCAUAUAUCUAAAGAUGCUGGAAUGUUCUUUUAAGUUGAUGCGAUUUUCCUUACGACAGAUCCAGGGUGCCUCUGAGGAAUUUUCCUCUUGGAGGAAUUUGAAUUGUUAGAAGCUGGAAAUGUAGAAGUCAAUGCGAGUGCUGUGAAAAGUAGCGUGUGCAGGUGCAGUAACCUCUGAGCACCCUGCUCUACUCCUGUAGACAUUUCACAUGUGACAGUUUAACAGGGAACUAAAUGAAAAUAAGUCACUGGAGGUGCUGCAAGCAGAAGAACAGUCCAAAAAGCGGAAGAGCAUGAGUGUGGUAGCAUACCAGCAUGGCAGCCAGUGAUCUAUCCAUUACACUGUGUACACAUGACUGUCACUGUCAGUCUCACUGUUGUUUACCUGUUGUUGCCCACAGAGCUGCUGUUGUUGUUUUUGCUCAUUGUAUCACACAUAAAGAAUAAAAGAUCAGCUGUUU